AUGCGGAGCCGCGGGGCGCCCCUGGCCGCGCUGCUCCUGGCCGCGCUGAGCCUGGGCGCCGGGGAGCCCGCGGCGGAGCCCCGGCCGCCGGGCCCCCCGCGGGGCCAGGGCCAGGGCUGCGGGCUGCCGGCGCCGGGCCGCCGCGCCGCCCCCCCGCACCACCCCUACGGGCUCUACCCGGGCCGCGCGGCGCGGGGCCCCGGCGCGCACCAGGUGCUCGGCGCUGCAGCCCCGCCGGGCGCCGGGCGGCCGCGGCGGCGGCGGCCGCGGGGCGCCGAGGACACGUGGGGCGAGCCGGACGCCUUCCCCCGGCGGGACGGGCUCCGGGGCCGGGCGCCGCAGGGCGCCGGCGGGGCCGGGCCGAGCCCCCCCCGGGGCCGGGCUCUCUCCGCCCUGUACUUCUCCGGGAGCCGGGAGCAGCUGGCGGCGAGGCCGGAGGCGCUGCCCGACAUCCCGCGGGCGCAGUUCACCGUGGAGGUGUGGGUGAAGGCGGAGGGAGGACAGAGCAACCCGGCCAUCAUCGCAGGUGUGUUCGACAACUGCUCCCACACGGCCAGCGACAAGGGCUGGGCCCUGGGCAUCCGCGCCCUGCAGCUCCGCGGCAAGAGCGACGCCCGCUUCUUCUUCUCCCUCCGCACGGACCGGGCGGCCGCCGCCGCCGUGGUGGCCGGCCGCCACCGCUACCGCCCCGAGGCCUGGACCCACGUGGCGGCCACCUACGACGGGCGGUGGAUGGCGCUCUACGUGGACGGGGCGCGGGUGGGCCGGGCGGGCCGGCAGGCCGGGCCGCUGCACAGCGCCUUCAUGGCCUCCUGCCGCACGCUGCUGCUGGGCGGCGACGCCUCGGGCGCCGGCCACAACUUCCGCGGGCACCUGGCGGGGCUGGCGCUGUGGCGCGUCGCCCUGCCCCAGCCCCGGCUGCAGCGCCCCUUCCUGGAGGGGGCGGCCGCCGGCGCCGCCGGGCUGGCGCUCGCCGCCGGCUUCGCCGCCCCGGAGGAGCGCUGGGCCCCCUUCAGGGAGGCGAGCUACCCGCGCCGGCGGGCCCUGCCGCCGCCGCCGCCCCCCGUGCUGCGGCCGCUGGGGCCGCCGGCCUGCGGGCAGACGGCCUGCGACAACGUGGAGCUGGCCGCCGGCUACAACGGGCACUGGCCGCUGCGCGGCGAGAAGGUGCUGCGCUACCGCGUGGUCAACGUGCUGGACGACGACGGCCGGCGGCCCACGGUGAGCCGCGAGCAGGUGGCCCGGCAGCACCGGGCGCUGAGCGAGGCCUUCCGGCCCUACAACAUCUCGUGGCAGCUGAGCCUGCUGGAGGUGCGCAACUCCUCGCUGCGCCGGCGCGCCGUGCUCCUCGGCUGCGAGCCCAGCAAGAUCGGCAACGACCACUGCGACCCCGAGUGCGAGCACCCGCUCACGGGCUACGACGGCGGCGACUGCCGCCGGCCCGGCCGCUGCUUCUCCUGGAAGCGCCGCGACGGCGUCUGCCACAUGGAGUGCAACAACAUGCUGGACGACUUUGACGACGGCGACUGCUGCGACCCCCUGGCCACCGACGUGGCCAAGACCUGCUUCGACCCCGACUCGCCGCAGCGGGCGUACAUGAGCGUGAAGGAGCUGAAGGAGGCACUACAGCUGAACAGCACCCACUUCCUCAAUGUUUACUUUGCCAGCUCAGUGAGGGAAGAGUUGGCAGGUGCUGCCACUUGGCCAUGGGAUAAAGAGGCCCUUAGUCACCUGGGUGGAGUUGUCCUCAAUCCAGCUUAUUACGGUAUGCAUGGCCACACAAACACCAUGAUCCAUGAAGUGGGACAUGUCCUGGGGCUGUACCAUGUCUUUAAGGGAGUGAGUGAGCGGGAAUCUUGUGACGAUCCCUGCAGGGAGACAACUCCUUCUAUGGAGACUGGAGACCUCUGUGCUGACACUGCUCCAACCCCAAAGAGUAAACUCUGUCGGGAUCCAGACCCUACAAAUGAUACCUGUGGCCAGACACACUUCACUGGAACACCCUUCAACAACUAUAUGAGUUACACAGAUGAUGACUGCACCAACACCUUCACUCCCAACCAAGUGGCCCGGAUGCAUUGCUACCUGGACUUGGUGUACCAGCGCUGGGGCCAGAGCAAGAAGCCUGCACCCAUCCCCAUUCCCCCCAUGGUCACAGGGCAGACACAGGACUCCCUCAGCAUCUAUUGGCUGCCUCCCAUUAGUGGUGUCAUACAUGAGAGGGAGCCUGACACACUUUGUGAAGACUGUGCUGAAGAUGGCACUUUCCAUCAGUAUGUCCACGAGGCUUCUUCCCCUCGGGUCUGUGAUUCCUCUGGCUACUGGACCCCAGAAGAGGCAGAAGGGCCCCCAGAUGUGGAUCAGCCCUGUGAGCCCAGCUUGCAGGCCUGGAGUCCAGAGCUCCACCUGUACCACAUGAACAUGACCGUGCCUUGUCCCCAGCCUGAUGGCUGCAUCCUGGAGUUGCGCUUCCUGCACCCUGUGUAUCCAGAUUCUCUCACGCUCUGGACAACUUAUCUCUCCACGGACUCUCCUAAGGCACUGUCUGACAUUGAAAUCCUAACAGAGCAUGGAGAAUCCAUCCAUUUGGGCCCCUUAGACACUUUCUGUGAUGUCCCUUUGACUGUGAAGCUCAACAUCCACAAGAAGGUGUCUGGAGUCAAAAUCUAUACGUUUGAUGAGAGGAUGGAGAUAGAUACAGCCCUGUUGACCUCCAUGCCUCAUAGCUCUCUCUGCUCCACCUGCAAACCGAUACAAUACCGAGUCCUCCGUGAUCCUCCAUUUGCUAAUGGCUCCCCUGCCACAAUGGCACAAGCACACCGCAAGUUCACUGACACGGAGGUCACGCCUGGGCAGGUGUAUCGCUACCAAGUGCAGGCAAUCUCUGGGACAACCUUAGGAGAAGCCUCCCCACCGCUAAUCCAUGUCCAUGGAGCUCCCUACUGUGGGGAUGGGAAGGUGACCACGAACUUGGAGGAGGAAUGUGAUGAUGGGGAUUUGCUGGAUGGAGAUGGCUGUUCCAGGAUGUGUAAAAAGGAAAAAGGCUUCAACUGUGUUGGGGAGCCAAGCCUAUGCUAUGUACAUGAUGGGGAUGGAGUGUGUGAGCCUUUUGAGAAAGCAAGCAGCAUUCUGGACUGUGGUCUCUAUACACCUGAAGGAUACAUUGACCAGUGGGCAGCGAAAGCCUAUGCCUCCCAUCACGAUAAGACGUCAUGUCCUGUUUCCUUGGUGACAGGGGAGCCUGUUGUGAAGAUAUGUAAAUCCCACCUUCAUGAUGUACCAAAGGACCUUCCCCUUGCUGCUUGGUUCCCUUGUACUUCCAGCCAAGGCAAUGCUCAGGAUUCAGAUGGGGAAAGGAUGCCCUUGGAUAAUGAGAGAGUUUGGCUCAAGGUGUGCUUCCACAGGCCAGGAGUGCCUACCUCCGUCUUGAUUUUCCUGGCUUCUGAUGGCACCAUCCCAAGUGACCAGCGCAAGCCAACUGUCACUGUCCAGCUGAGUGGCACAAAUGGGCUGAACCGCUCUUUGGGGACACAUGAGCUAUCGUGUCAGCAGAAUCCGCUCAUCAUCAACGUGACCCAUAGCCAGGAGUACCUUUCCCACCAGAUCGCUUCAGUGCUGCUCAAUUUCUCCUCCCCAUUUGUGGGCAUCGCAGCUGUGGCCUUGCGGACAUCUGCUCACUCCAGUUCUUCCAACCCAACCACCUGCCUCUUGGAACAUGAGGAAGAACACAGCCACCAGACCUACAGCUGUUCCCACCGUACCUGUGCAGAGCUGGGAAGCUGCACAUACCCAGUGCUUGCUCACACUGCCACCCUGAACUGCACCUCCAAUGGUCCAAGGGACAUGGAGUGUGUCAUUUCCUGUGAAAAGGGAUUUGUCCUCCGUUCCAGCAACGGGAAGAGCCUGGACUCCAUGCAGAAGGAGGUGGUGCUGACGUGCAGCUCAGGGCAAUGGGACAGAUCUGUGACUUGUGACCCUGUUGACUGUGGUGUCCCUGACCAGUCACACGUGUACUAUGCUGAAUUCUCCUGCCCGAAGGGGACCACAUACCUGAAGAGAUGUUCCUUCUCCUGCAUCCGGCCAGCUAAGCUUCAAGGAAUGAGCCAGUGGUUGACCUGCCUUGAGGAUGGACUCUGGUCACUCCCUGAAGCCUACUGCAAAGUGGAAUGUGAUGCUCCUCAUGCGGUGGCCAAUGCCAAGCUACUGGUCCCACAGUGCCUGCAGGGGAACCAUGAUGUGGGUUCAGUAUGUCGCUAUAAGUGUAAACCUGGAUACCACGUGGCAGAGAACGUGGUGGGCAAACCUAAGAAGAAGUUCCUGAAGAUCCAGUGCUUGGAAAGUGGCCUGUGGGAAGAAGGGCACUGCGUUCCUGUGGUGUGUGAUCCACCUCCCCCGGUCUUUGAGGGGAUGUACAACUGUACCCAAGGCUUUGAGUUGGACAGCCAGUGCAUCCUGAGCUGCGAGCCACAGAGUGAGAGGGUUCCCAUCCUUUGUACUAAGGACGGCUUAUGGACAGAAGAGUUCAAACUGUGCAAGAACUUGCAGGGGAACUGCCCGCCACCUCCAGAGCUGAAUUUUGUGGAGUACAAGUGCGAACAGGGGCAUGGAAUAGGUGCUGUGUGCAUACCUUCCUGUAUUAUCCCCCCCAGUGAUCCAGUCAUACUGCCCGAAAAUGUCACUGCUGAGACUAUGGAUCACCGUCUGCAGCCGACUAGAGUCCAGCAUAUUGUAUGCACGGGCAGGCUGCGAUGGUAUCCAGACCCCUCCGUCAUUCACUGCAUCCAGUCAUGCGAGCCUUUCCAAGCAGAUGGCUGGUGUGACACCAUCAACAAUCGGGCAUACUGCCAGUAUGAUGGGGGUGACUGCUGCUCCUCCACACUGUCCUCCAGGAAGGUGAUCCCGUUUGCUGCUGACUGUGACCAAGACGAAUGCACCUGCCGUGACCCAGCAGCUGAGGAGAACCAGUAGCGGCGCCACGAAAGGCCUCUCUCGGUGAGGCGAGAACCAGAGGAGCAAAGGGGCAACAACAGGGGCCACUGAGAGGGUUGCAGGACAUACAAGGUAGGGUCAGGAGACGUAAGAGGAAGAGCUGGACAGUUGGGAAGACAGCAACGCAGCUGCCCAGCGUCCUGUGGCACCGCAUGCAAGAGGAGUGAUGGGCACGGCAGGGAUGGGGCGAAGCCACCAGGAAGUCGGUGGGCAGAGGACAGAUGCAUUCACUGCGCUGCCACGGUCCCCUCUCAUCACUGCACCUUUCCCCUCAGGCU